GCGAUCCAGAUUCCAAAACGACGAGUGAUCGAACGAGUCAAUUACACACUCAUUUUAUUUCACACCCUCGUUUUAUUCCACAUUGCACUGACUCGUAGCCCUCACUCACCGAGUCACCAUGCUUCAACCACCAAGUAAUAGCAACAACCAGCAUUUGGUUCAUACAAAGGCAUUGUCUGUCCAAGGGACCUCAGCAUUGGUGACAGUGGAUUUGAAUGAAAACUCCAUGGACACAAAGGACGGUGUGAAAAAUGGAGAAUUUAUUCAAGCAGAAAUCAUCAUCCGGCAGUCCCAGACACUACAAGAUGAUCUACAUAUGCUUGGGAUGAAAAUUAAGCAGCAUGAGGAUAGAGUGCGUCUUUUGAACACUGAAAAAGUCAAAUUAGACGACUCCAUUCGUCUUUUGCAAGGUGCUAUUGGGAAAUCAAAGUCUUCACAUACAACCAAGAUUGAGAUUGGUAAUGCUGACGAUCCCCGCAUUACAACUGAGGAGGAGGUAAAUAAACAGAUAUUGCAGCAUGAAAAAUCCGGUGCUGGUAUUUUGUGGCAGGUGAAGACUCGUCAUGGAGAACAAGCUUCUCUUCUUACACUAAUAAAGGAUGUUGUAGGUAUUGUUGCUAUGUUGGGAAAAGUUGAGGAUGACAAUCUUAGCAGACUUUUCUCAGAGUAUCUAGGAGUGGAGACUAUGCUGGCAAUUGUUUGUAGAACAUAUGAAGGAGUCAAAGCUCUUGAAAUGUACGGUAGUGAAGGCUGCAUAAAUAAAAAUGUUGGUCUUCAUGGGCUAGGUGCCUCUAUUGGAAGGACUUUGGAUGAUCGAUUUCUAGUGAUAUGUCUUGAAUCUCUAAGGCCUUAUGCUGGUAAAUAUGUGGUGGAUGACUCACAACGGAAGCUGGACAUUUUAAACCCAAGAUUGCCCAACGGGGAGUGUCCUGCUGGGUUUAUUGGGUUUGCUGUCAAUAUGAUUAAUAUAGACAGCUUUAACCUAUUUUGUGUAACACCGAGUGGUUAUGGCCUCAGAGAAACUCUGUUUUAUAAUCUAUUUUCUCGUCUACAAGUAUAUAAGACAAGGGCUGAAAUGAUACAAGCACUUCCUUGUAUAAGUGAUGGAGCUCUUUCUUUAGAUGGAGGAAUGGUUAGAAGUUCUGGUGUAUUUUCCUUGGGCAAUAGGGAAGAUGUUAAUGUGAGAUUCCCCAGACCAGAAAGAUCAGUGGGGCUUGAUGACCAUAUUGAAAAUGAGAGGCAAAUGAAGGACAUCCAAUGGAAGAAGGAAAAACUUAUGGAAGAAAUAAAAAGGGAAAACAUGUUGUUGGACAUGGCAAAGUACAACUUCAAUAAAAAGAAGAGUGAUUUUCUUAAAUUUUUAUCGUCAAGUUCAUCAUAUGCAACUCAGGUUCAGACUGCUCCUUACAUACUACCUCAAUGAUGAAAUUAAGCUUGAUGAUAAAGUCAUGAAGAACAUAGCCUGUGGCUAACAACUUAAUUUUGUUAUCGAGUAUAUAGCUGAAUUUUGUAGUCUGACUCUGGAAGGAGAAUGUUCUCAUUCUGAUGAAGGUAAAUUUUGGUUAAGAAAAGGAAGCACACUGUUUUUUAAAGCUAGAUGCUUUUUGUAAGUUUCGUAAGCUACGGCUUCUAUUAUCUUCUUCCAAGACACUGGUAUGAGCGUAAGGUAUGCAUGAUUAACCCUUUCCAGAAAAAACAUAGUUAAUGGGUAGGCACUGUUUUCUUGGUUCCUUGUAAUUAGCUUGUUAUACUGUUUAUGUAGUGAGUGUGAUUGGAUGCUGUGAAUUUUGUAGGUUUUUGUUAAGCCUAUUUGACCUUAGCUGUUUGUAGAAAUUUCAGUUAUUCUUCUCUACA